CUUUCAGACGGGAGAAGAUGAGUGAUUUAACAGAUGAGGAAGAGGAUAAAUCUCCAGUCUCCAGCUGUCUGUCUCUAAAGAGUGAGCGGUCUAAAGAGGACCCUCCAGACUUCAGUAAUGAACCUGGACCCUCAAGAACCAGAGCUGGCCUGCAGACAGCCAGUCAGAACAGCUCUGUACGAGGGAUGGUAGGUCGGUAUGAACAUAGGCUCAGUCUGAGGAGGAGAUGUGAACGUGUGACUGAAGGAACUGAUGAAAGUGAAACCCUCCUCAACAGGAUCUUCACUGAGCUCUACAUCACACAAGGCCAGAGUGAAGAGGUUAAUACCCAACAUGAGGUGAGGCAGCUGGAGACAGCUUCCAAGAAGAAGACCCUUCAUGAAACUCCAAAGACCCUUCAUGAAACUCCAAUCAAGUGCCAGGACAUCUUCAAAGCCUUACCUGACCAACAGACUCACAUCAGAGCGGUCCUGACCAACGGAGUCGCUGGAGUUGGAAAAACCUUCUCAGUGCAGAAGUUCACUCUGGACUGGGCCGAGGGUUUGGAAAACCAAGAUGUCAGUCUGGUGAUCCCGCUCUCCUUCAGGGAGCUGAACCUGAUCAAAGGUGAGCAGUACAGUCUUCUCAGGCUGCUCCAUGUUUUCCAUCCAACCUUACAGAAGGUCACAGCAGAGCAGCUGGCUGUCUGUAAAGUGCUGCUCAUCUUUGACGGCCUGGAUGAAAGCAGACUUUCUCUGGAUUUCAGAAACAAUGAGGUUGUGUCUGAUGUCUCACAGCAGUCCUCAGUCAACAUGCUGCUGACAAACCUCAUCAGGGGGAAGCUGCUUCCCUCGGCUCUCGUCUGGAUAACUUCCAGACCUGCAGCGGCCAAUCAGAUCCCUCCUGAGUGUGUGGACAGGGUAACAGAAGUACGAGGCUUCACUGAUGCCCAGAAGGAGGAGUACUUCAGGAGGAGAUCGAGUGAUGAAGACCUGUCCAGCAGAAUCAUCUCUCACAUCAAGAGCUCCAGGAGCCUCCACAUCAUGUGUCUGAUCCCAGUCUUCUGCUGGAUCACUGCUGCAGUUCUGGACCACAUGUUGACUACAAACCAGAGAGGAGAGCUGCCCAAGACCCUCACUGACAUGUACUCACACUUCCUGCUGGUCCAGACCAAGAGGAAGAAGCAGAAGUAUGGAGAGGGACAUGAGACGAGUCCACAGCAGCUGACGGAGGCAGACAGGGAGCUUAUUCUGAAGCUGGGGAGGCUGGCAUUUGAACAUCUGGAGAAAGGAGACAUCAUGUUCUACCAAGAAGACCUGGAGCGCUGUGGUGUUGAUGUCACCGAGGCCUUGGUGCACUCAGGAGUUUGUACACAGAUCUUCAAAAGAGAGAGUGUGAUCUUCCAGAAAACAGUCUACUGCUUUGUUCAUCUGAGCAUUCAGGAGUUUCUGGCUGCAGUCUACAUGUUGCACUGUUACACCAACAGAGACACAGAGGUACUGAAGGACUUCCUGCAGAGAGACUAUAACAACAGGUAUAACAGUGAUCAGGAUUACCCAUCCCUGGAUGUCUUCCUGAAGAGCGCCAUGGAGAAAUCCCUCAGAAGUGAAAAUGGCCACCUGGACCUGUUUGUACGCUUUCUCCACGGCCUCUCUCUGGAGUCCAACCAGAGACUGUUAGGAGGCCUGCUGGGUCACACAGACAACCGUCCAGAAAUCAUCCAGAGAGCCAUCAGCAACCUGAAGGAGAUGAACAGUGAUUAUAUCUCUCCUGACAGGAGCAUCAACAUUUUCCACUGUCUGACAGAGAUGAAGGACCACUCAGUACAUCAGGAGAUCACAGAGUUCCUGAAGUCAGAGAACAGAUCAGAGAAGGAACUCUCUGUGAUCCACUGCUCUGCUCUGGCCUACAUGCUGCAGAUGUCAGAGGAGGUUCUGGAUGAGUUUGACCUGAAUCAGUACAAAACAUCAGAUGAGGGACGACGGAGACUGCUUCCAGCUGUGAGGAACUGCAGGAAGGCCAAACUUUCUAACUGUGGACUCUCAGAGACUGAAUGUGAAGUCGUGGCCUCAGCUCUGAAGUCUGACCCCUCCCAUCUGAGAGAUCUGGACCUGAGUCGGAAUAAGCUGCAGUAUUCACGAGGGAAGCUGCUGAGUUCUGGACUAAAGAGUCCAAACUGCAGACUGGAGACUCUCAGACUGUGGGCCUGCAGUUUGUCAGAGAUCAGCUGUUCUGCUCUGAUCUCAGCUCUGAAGUCCAACCCUUCCCAUCUGAGAAAUCUGGACCUGGGUGAGAACGAUCUGAAGGAUUCAGGAGUGAAGCUGCUGAGAGAUCUUCUGGAGAGUCCAGACUGCAGACUGGAGAAUCUCGGACUGGAGAGCUGCAGUUUGUCAGAGAUCAGCUGUGCUGCUCUGAUCUCAGCUCUGAAGUCCAACCCCUCCCAUCUGAGAUAUCUGGACCUGAGUUGGAACUAUCUGCAGGAUUCAGGAGUGAAGCUGCUGAGUUCUGGAUUAAAGAGUCCAGACUGCAGACUGAAGACUCUCAGACUGAGUGGCUGCAGGUUGUCAGAGAUCAGCUGUUCUGCUCUGAUCUCAGCUCUGAAGUCCAACCCCUCCCAUCUGAGAGUUCUGGACCUGAGUGCCAACGAUCUGCAGGAUUCAGGAGUGAAGAUGCUGAGAGAUCUCCUGGAGAGUCCAGACUGCAGACUGGAGACUCUCGGGAUCAGAGAUGAUGAGAUAAUCAGAGCCAAGAUCCAGAAGACCUGUGACUCCGAUGUGGAACAGGAAGUGAAGACAGAAAGAAAGGCUCCUGAAUCCUUCUCACCUGAAAACACAACUGGAUCUUCAUACUGGUUCAGGUGUCCUGGUCCAGGUGAGUUCCAGUGUGCUUCGACUGGCCUGGUGUUCGUCAUGGCUCAGGAGGCGGAGCUUCUGUACAGGACGGUCCCUUGGGAGGAGAGCCUCCUCCAAUCAGCUGGCAAGCAGGCAGCAGGGCCGCUGUUCGACGUGAAGAGUUCUGUUGAAGCUGCCGUCGUCCAGCUCCACCUGCCACACAGUGAGACAGAGGAAGCGCUGCUCCUGGACGGCCUGUUGUCUGUCGUCCACAUCACUGAUGAAGGCCUGAGCAUCUUGGAGCCGCUGGAGGUCACACGCACUCACGUGGUGGUGAAGGUGCCUCACCUCUCUCUUUUUGGCCUGGUCUGGGAUAUCAUAAAAAGGGUUCUGCUUCUUCGGAUAAAGGGCCAAGUUCUGGUUUUCCUUCAACCCCCGUUCAGAGAAGAUCAAAUACUGGAUGUAUUUCUGCUGCAGAAAAACGUCCCCAAGGAGGUUGUUAAACAAGAAGGACAUGCUGUGCACAUCAAAAUCCCCCGUGACUGUGAGCUGGAACUGUAUAAAGGUUACAGUGUGCACUGUGAACCUGAGGGCUUCCAUAUACAGCCUGAGCGUCAAGAAUUUGACUCAAGUUUUGGACCAGAUUACAAUCCAACAUUUCAAGUUUUCGUGAAGACGGGCACAGAGAGAGUGGUUUUGAAGGUCAAGGACCAAGAUGGAAAUAUAGUCUGGAAUUGUCUCGUGCCACUGGAAGUUCCAAGACAUGCAUUGUCCCAGAGAAAUGUCCGAGCAGAGAGCAGGGACCCAGCAGACCAGUGGUUGUUCUCAGUUCGGAUAGAGUUCAAAGAAAGAGUGUCUCAAACUGUGCUGAACGACCUUCUGGAUAAACUCUUUCAGUCUAAAGUGAUCAGUAAAUCUGAAAUGGAUUCAGCCAGAAACAAAUCCCGAAAUGACGGAGCACGAGAGGUGGUGGACGUGGUGCGAAAUAAAGGAGCUGCAGCCAGCAGGGUUCUGAUCAAUGCUCUCCGUGAGCUGGACCCGUAUCUUUACGAAGAGCUCCACUCGAGCUGAACCUCGUGGAGUAUGUGUGACAGUUGAAAUCUAGUCCUGUGUUUUGUUACCUGUAACUAUUUCCCCUUGUCCUUGAAGGUAACACAGAUUCUGAGCGAAGGCUACUUUCCUUCUCCCCUUUCUCCUGGACUCCCUCCUGAGAGCAGCUACCCGGGCUUGUUCUUAUUUUACCAUUUGUACUGACUUCUGGGUCAGAUUUGGGAUUUUGGGGCAUUUGGUACCUCGGCGUGCGAUUGGGAGUUCUGUUUGUUUUGUGUGAUCAAACUGCAAAGACCUGUACCUGUUGGUGACUGUAAGUAUAAUAUAUAUAUAUAUAUAUAUAUAUAUAUCUUAGAUGGUGAAUUAAACCUACGUGGCAAUAGUGAACAAACUUUUUUCCCGAAGUAUAAAGAAAACCAAGUCCAUGCUUUGGAUGUCUUUUAACCUGACUGUUCUUUCACCUGCACUAUUUCUAUUCAAAUCUAUGUGCUCUGUUUCAUUGCACUGUUUUUAUUUUGGUGUUAUCACUGUAUUUUUUGUCCUUUAUAUAAUAUGUUGCACUGUUGGAGGAGCUCGGGACCUAAGAUGUUCAUUACCAUAACUACACUGUAGAUGCUGUGCACAUGAUAAUAUAACCCUUGAGUCUUGAAUGAUUGCAUUGAGUCAGAAUGGGGACAUCUGCUAGUCUACUCUUGGUAUUGCAUACACGUAGACGGCAUAAAAGAAAUGUACAAAUAUAAGUGAACUUUUCUGUUAACAUUUAAUCUUCUUGAAAUUUAACUCGAGAAGCGGCAUUGGAUAUUUUAGUGCUAACAGUGAGUGGUGCAGGAAUGUCGUAUUUCUGUGUUGGUCCCUGAAGGCAGCAUCUCCCUGCUCCAACGUUGACAUAAACAUCUUUCUCAGCUCAUGAAUCCAUGAAUUGGUCCAAUAAAUCUUUGUCCUAUAAACGUCCCAGGUCCCCUACAGUCUGCACUGCUUCUUCCAAUAUAAUAAUAAAUCAACAAACUCCAUGUAA